UGCUCCCACCUUGUGAGCUCUCGCGAGAGCGGAGGACGCCCACCCCGCCCCUCCCGCUGCGAUCCCCUGGUCCCCAACGUUCCGGACACCUAGGCAGCCGCAGACCACGCCCCGCCAGUGCGGGGUGGCUGCCCGGCCGGUCGAGGCCAGUCCACCCCGCUUGAGGUUGUGGAGGUGGCAGAGCGCUCCAAGCUGCUUAGCUGGGUGCCAGCGAUCUGGAAGGAAGUUGGCUUCAACUCUGGGAUGUCAGGGUCCUGCACUGAGGGAUGGAAUUGCCUGCAGAGUUCUGCCCACUCCACUUUUCCAGUCAGCUGUAUGGGGAGAAGGUGGAGGAAGGCUCCUUUUGAACCUACUCAGAGCUGCUUUUUCCCCAGUUGAUAGAACAUUGCCAAGGGCCAGAGUCCCAAAAGCGGGUCCUUGUCGUAGCUGUGCCCCAAACUUUAUGGAUGGAAGCGCUGCCAGCAAGCAUGAAGUUUCUAAGAACACAGACGCUUGCCUGGGAAAUUACAUGGACAGAGGAGCCUGGUGGUCUACAGUCCAUGGAAUCCAAAACUACCUACCUGGAGGACCUUCCACCUCUCCCUGAGUAUGAAUUGCCUCCGUCCAAGUUGGGAGAGGAAGUGGAUGAUGUUUAUCUCAUUCGAGCUCAAGGAUUACCAUGGUCCUGCACUGUAGAAGAUGUCCUUAGCUUUUUCUCAGACUGCAGAAUUCGCAACGGUGAGAAUGGAAUUCACUUCCUCUUAAAUAGAGAUGGGAAACGAAGGGGUGAUGCCUUAAUUGAAAUGGAGUCAGAGCAGGAUGUGCAAAAAGCCUUAGAAAAACACCGCAUGUACAUGGGGCAGCGGUAUGUGGAAGUCUAUGAGAUAAACAAUGAAGAUGUGGAUGCCUUAAUGAAGAGCCUGCAUGUCAAGUCUGCACCUGUGGUAAAUGAUGGCGUGGUUCGCUUGAGAGGACUUCCUUAUAGUUGCAAUGAGAAAGACAUCGUAGAUUUCUUUGCAGGACUAAAUAUAGUAGACAUUACUUUUGUCAUGGAUUAUAGAGGGAGAAGAAAAACAGGAGAAGCCUAUGUGCAGUUUGAAGAACCAGAAAUGGCCAGCCAAGCCCUUUUGAAACACAGGGAAGAAAUUGGCAACCGAUAUAUAGAGAUAUUUCCAAGCAGAAGGAAUGAAGUUCGAACACAUGUUGGUUCUCAUAAGGGAAAGAAAAUAGCAUCUUCUCCCACUGCUAAAUAUAUAACUGAGCCAGAAAUGGUCUUUGAAGAGCAUGAAGUAAAUGAGGAUGUCCGACCCAUGACAGCUUUUGAAAGUGAGAAGGAAAUAGAAUUGCCUAAGGAGAUGUCAGAAAAGCUUCCAGAGGCUGUUGAUUUUGGAACUACGUCUUCACUACAUUUUGUCCACAUGAGAGGAUUGCCUUUCCAAGCCAAUGCCCAAGACAUUAUAAAUUUUUUUGCUCCAUUGAAGCCUGUUAGAAUCACCAUGGAAUACAGUUCCAGUGGGAAGGCCACUGGAGAAGCUGAUGUGCACUUCGAUACCCAUGAGGAUGCUGUUGCAGCUAUGCUCAAGGAUCGGUCCCAUGUUCACCAUAGGUAUAUUGAAUUGUUCCUGAAUUCAUGUCCGAAAGGAAAAUAAGACUUCAAAGGAUUCCAGUUAUAAUAAGGAUGAAGCAAGAAGCAUUUCAUUUGCACGUCUUUCUUGGACUUGGGAUCUAAAGUUCCAGUUUUUUAGCAGCAACUGCUAGAGAAGCGAUUUCAAGAUUUUGGGUUAAUUGCUUAUAAGAAAAAUUCCAUAGUGGACUGUUCAGAGAAAAAGAUUCAGUUUAGGAUUAUGAUACAAACCUCAAAUUUAGUUUUUUUGUUUAAAUUGUCCAGGAUCUGGUUUAAAAAUCUGCUCUUUUUUAUAUAAUUAAACAGUUUGUUUUCAUAGAUGAUUUAUGACCCAGAAGGCUACAUAUUUUUAUUCAGCACUGUCCUUUAAAAUCUUUAUCCCAUUUUAAAAAUUAUCCGUUUGAGGUUUUGGUUUUUGCCAAUGAAUUAAGAAAUACAAUGUAAAACUUUUCAUGGAAUAAAAUACUGAUUUAUUUUAGCCAAAUACUCACCAAAGCAAGGAAAGUUUUCAGGCCCUUGAACCAUUAUAGUUCCGCAGAGUUAUUUUAAUUUUAGAUGUAUUUGAUUACUUAGAUAGGGGUAGGGAUUUAAAAAAAAAAAUCAAAACAGAAAAUAAAUACCACAUGUUAGUGAGUGUAAAUGACAAUAAUUUGGCAGUUUUAUGUCUUUAGAAAUGUUUUGCCUUUUUCAGCCUUGUGCUAAAGGCAUUUAAUAUUGGUGCCUGUAUAAUUAAGGAGGGAAUUAUAGUCUCAACUUAAAAGUUGUCUGACCCACCCCCUCCUCAUCCCCGCGCCCCACCCCCCCAUCACCUUGUUUUGAUUUUUGGGUAAACCUUAAGGUGUGUGUUAGUCUUAAGAACUGUGAAGUGACAUGUCAUAACAGUCCUGACUUGUAGGGACAUUAAUGGCUUCACUUGAAUUUAAACCAGCUCUAGGUAGGAAAAAAAUCGUGUCUCCUCAUUUGCUUUUUCAGUGGGGUAGCACAUCCCAUAUUUUAGAACAAGUAGGGGUGCCUUGCUUAAAUAAAAAUAGUAUUUAAUGUAUAAUUGUGUGAAAGGGUUAUGGGUGAAGCUGUAUUUCUGUCACAUUGUGGCAGUACCUUCUGCUUUAAUAUUAAACAGCUUGUUAUUUAAAUACUGGAUCAAAAUGGCUGGCUUCAAACUGUAGUCAUUAAUAAACUAACUUUAUGUGUACCUGUGUAGGAGAAUCAAAGUUCUGUAUAGUUUCUUUGCCUUGUUCCUGUUCUCAGGGUGACAACUGUCACGUGGUUACCAGGAGAUGCAAUUCUAGUUCUUAAAGUUGAAUUCGCCCAGAUUUCUGAGAGGUGUUAUCUGAAAGAGAGAUUAUGCCUUCUCUCACUUAAAUCAUAACCAUCUUUGAAUACCAGCUAAGAUGAAAUCACUGUACUGUAAGUAGUCAAUAAAUGAAGACUUGUUUCAGGCUGAA